CAAAUGGUAUUUACCGGCACAGAGCAGGCGGAGACAGCAGACGAUCAAGACACGGGGACGGAGACAGACCCGCAAACUGGGAGUCACGGGUACUACGUCUCAUCAGUCAGGACUGGACUCGUUUUUUGUACUGGUCGAUCAAUGAAGGAAAGACGGCCGUGUCAGAAGUCCUCUCUGAAAUCCAGCAUGGAUCCCAGUCAGAGUGUGAAGUGUAAGAUAGUGGUGGUGGGGGACAGCCAGUGCGGGAAGACCGCGCUGCUUCACGUGUUCGCCAAGGACUGCUUCCCCGAGAGCUACGUCCCCACUGUGUUUGAAAACUACACGGCCAGUUUUGAAAUCGACACGCAGAGGAUCGAGCUGAGCUUGUGGGACACCUCAGGAUCUCCAUACUACGACAAUGUGAGGCCCCUGUCCUACCCAGACUCGGAUGCUGUCCUCAUCUGUUUCGACAUCAGCCGACCCGAAACCCUCGACAGCGUAUUGAAAAAGUGGAAAGGGGAGAUCCAAGAGUUUUGUCCCAACACGAAGAUGCUAUUAGUCGGCUGCAAGUCGGACCUGCGCACCGAUCUGAGCACCCUUGUAGAGCUGUCCAACCAUCGGCAAACCCCAGUUUCCUAUGACCAGGGUUCCAACAUGGCCAAGCAGAUCUCAGCGCCUUAUAUCGAGUGUUCGGCUCAACAAUCGGAAAACAGCGUCAGGGACAUUUUCCACGUAGCCACGCUGGCCUGCAUCAACAAGAACAGCAAAAAUGUCAAACGAAGCAAGGCUGCACGUGCCAACAAGAGGAUUUCACACAUGCCAAGCCGGCCUGACCUGGCAGCUGUCUCCACGGAUCUCCGGAAGGACAAAGCCAAAAGUUGCUCAGUCAUGUGACUUGUUAGACUGAGGGGGAGGGAGGGAGGGGGGGUGUAUCAGACUAAAGAGAAAGAGGACGGUGCAUAGUGUGAGCAGAGAACUUGAGGGCAAAGCCCUGUCCUGCAUGCUAAAAAAAAACCUUAUAUGUCUGGAAAGGGGUUUUUAUAAGCUUCAAUUCAUGUAAGUGUUACUGGAAAAUUCUGCACCAAUGAAAACUAAUUAAGUAAUUCCAUCCUGGUUGAUGUGCCCCCCCAUACAACCACCAGUCCCACCAGUGGAGGAAGCUAUCAGUCAGCUGGCUAUCAGUCUAUCAGUUCUGGGAGGAGACCAGCUUCCUCUGAGGACAAAGCGGAUGCAGUCUUUCCUCACCAACAGGAAAUGAGCAGGAGUGAUGUCAUUAAGAGAUGGUCAAAUGUAAAGAUUUUAGAACAUGCAAUCUUUUGAAUGAGAGCUAAAGCCAGCUAUGGCAGGGGGACUGUUGCCUAUGGAGGUAAAAAAACAAAAAACAAAAAGGAUGUUUGUGCAGACUCAAAGACUUAUUGUUCAGAGGGCUUUCACAACAAACUCAUCACUGUGGUUUGGAACUGAUUCACUUUUACCUCUGCUCCUGUUACUGUCGGUGUGUGUGCAGAGGAGUCCCCUGUUUCUGAUAAUGUUGUUGGUAAAAUGUGAAGUUGUUGGUGUGCAACUACAUCUUUGUUUUACUCUGAUUCUGUUGGUUUCAUCCUUACUGUACCGCUAGUUGCAUUCUGUUGCCUCACGCAAUAGUUUCUGAAGUAAGAUUCAAGAUUUCAAACCUAUAUUUUAAAUCUUUGACCCAUAGGUUGACCACUAUGUAGCAAGAGAAAAUGUAAAAGUAUGGUGUAAAAUUACAACUUUCUAGAAAUUAGCUUAGCCUACACAUUACCAUUUAUAUAUCACUGUGGAGGGAGAGUGGAGCCAUUGAGCUAAUAUGCUUUAACUCACUCAAUCGCAAGUUAAUUUUAACAAUUCUGUAUUUUAAGUGUAUACGUAAGCCAGACUGAGCCGUUUAAAUUGCGUAGUGAAAAGUAACGACUACUGCACCUAGCAGCCGAGUUUGUCGUGGGGGUUAGCAUGCCGCAAAUGCUAGCUGCUAGCAUGUGCAGCAUUUCAUCAGUUAGCCUUCACAUCUCAUUUCAAAUAAUUUUUUCAGUGUCAUUAUCUAUUUGACCAUCACUCAGAUAAUCAAAAUUAUAAUUUUUCUGGUCUGUAUAUUUGAACCUAGAGCUGCUGAGUUCAAAUGGUAUUGCACAUUGGAUAUUACUCUUUAGCUCACAUUCAGACAGAGCAAGCAACUACAAGCCAAAAUGGAGGAGGGAGUUGUAGCCAAUUUGAUUUGUUGAACCGUCUUAACCCAAAAAUAUACAAAUGGACUCCCCACAACACUGGAGUGGUUACAGUAAAAAUCCAUUGGCAUGUUAGCCACUCAGCUAAUUAGCUUGGUAGGUAACUUAUUAGCUUCAAUUUCAGCAAUGUUUAAAUUUGCCAAAGGGAUUCCUUAAAAUUAUGUAAUGUAAAGUAAUGGCUACUGUUUAUAACUGCCAAGUCUGUUGUAGUGUCAAUUAGCCCUCGCCCUUUUUUUUUUUUUUUCAAAUGAAUUUUAAAAUAUAAUUUUUCACUUGACCAUGAUUCAAAUAAGAUAAAUGCAUUUUGUGUAGCAAAGUUAGGGAGGCUAGACUGUUUCCACACUAACAAUCUGUUAGCCUUUAAACUAAUGAGCUAGUUAACUCAAUCGUUAGCCAGGAGUCUAUUUUAGCAAUUUUCCAUUGUAAGUGUACUGAUUUGCCAGAGGGGACCACCUUAAAUGGCAUAAUGUAAAGAAUGGCUACUGCAUCUAACAGCCAAAUCUGUCGGGAUCUUGGCACCUGAAUUAAAUCAUUUAUUAGCCAUCUCUUCAUUUAUUUAGCAGCAUCAUUUUCUACUUGAACAUGACUCAAAUAAUUUGGAUUAUUUGUAAUUUUCUUUUCAUCUGGAUGGUCUGAAAUAUUUGGUUGCUGAUGUUUGGGAAAAAAUGUUUUUCCUGGGAAUGAUGUGAGAGGAAAAGAAUUUGUGGGUAUGGCUCAGACAAUGAUGCAACUGUGCUGUUUGCUGUUUUGAAUAUCAGUCAUUGUUAAAGUCAUUGAUGCACUUUUAAUAGGACAUAAUGGUGUACAAGUUAGCUUUUUCACAUCACAGUGCUGUCAAAUUUGGCAGCACUUAGCCCAAACUGUUAUCCUCAUUUUCUAAUCUGUCCUGUCUGUGUACGCUCAAGUUUUCUUGAAUGUUCUCACCUUCAAAAUGUCUUUGCCAAUGUUGUUGCUACAAUAUUUAUUUAGUUAUAUAUAUUUUCCCUUCAGAAUAAAUAAAAAUGAAUUAACAUG